CAGCCUAAUCUGUUUCUGAUAUUUUUAGGUUUUGUUCACGCCACAGCUCGUUCAUAUCUGAAGUGUUUUAAUUAUCCAUGUAUUUACCAAGCUGCUGUGCGCCAAAGUCUGACUUUGGCUCAAUCUCUGCACCAUUUUUGACGGAAAACAACAUAACUGUGCUGGACCACAGCUCCGCUCCGAGAAGACUGACGGAGUGCCGAGGCCACUGCUUCCACGAACCGCGGCAGCAGUACGCUCCUCCGUGGAAAUGGACCCUCUACCAGGAGACCCUUCCCCUCGCCUCCCCACCGCCGUCCUGCGUCAACCUGCCGGGGAAGGCUGUCUAUAAGGGCUUACCUUCCCCUCCGGAGAUGAUGUUCAAUAAGGACUGCUUUCUCCACGGCGCGGCUGCUCCGCGUUUUCACGGCCAGGCGUUCAGCGGAGACCCGCCGAGCCUCCACGGCAGAUACACCGUGUUCAGUCCGGACUCCCAGCUCCUCGUCCCCGCAGGCCUGAACAGAGUCCUGCCCCCUGCUUUCGACCAGUUGCUAGAGUGCGCAGAAAAGAGCCCGAAGGCGAAGGAGAAAGAGGCCGAGUGGACGGGCUGUGACGGCGGGGGGAAGAGCGAGGUGAGGUCGGGGUCAGGCUCACCGCGGGCUGGGAAAGAGGACGAGGAGGAUGCGCGGUUACCCGGCGGCUGUGGAGGAGACGACACAGAGCCCUGUGUGAGGAGGAAGAAACGAAGUCCCUACUCCAAGCAGCAGAUCAGCGAGCUGGAGCGAGAGUUUCUCUUCAACAUUUACAUCAGCAAGGACCGCCGCCUGCAGCUCUCCCGCCUGCUGCGCCUCACAGACCGACAGGUGAAAAUCUGGUUCCAGAACAGAAGAAUGAAAGAGAAGAAACUGAAAAAAGACAGACUGCAGUUCUAUACAGGAUACCACCUGUUCUGACGGACAGAAGAGGAGGAGAAGUAAGAAACUGUGGUUUUCUUUCAGCGUCAAUCACUGUGUCACUCCAAUGACGUUAAAUAAAAAUCCAAACAAACUAAUGAGUAAAGAAACUCUGUUCCUCCCUGCCAUCAGAGGAGAAGUCCAGCACUCAGGUUUAGGCCCAGUUUUUCUUGUGGACAAACACACCGUGGACAAUGAGAACCGAAUGUUCCAUGUCUCAUCUAGAAAACACCCCAAACGCUCCUCUCGCCUCAUGCGAACCCGACUUUCCUCUGAAGUCAUGUGGUCUAAUGUGGAGAAAUGAAGCCGCUCUCUGCCUCAGGCCUUCGUGGCCUUUAAAUGCUCUAAAGCUGGGCACACACAUUCUUUGCUCUUUUCAUCUCCAAACCAAACUAAAUACAAGGAAACAUCAAGCACACAUGCAGAGCUUUGUGUUCUUAUCUGCAGAGCCUUGAGUUUUGGGCUUAACUUUUCCUUUUUUUUUGGGAGGAUUCAGUGUUGAUGUGCACUGCUGACAAUCGAAUGACGGGUGAAUGAGGUCUGGGUUGGGCAUCUGAAUAGAUCAAUCAGUUGUUUGUUUCUAACUGACAUUCCUGCAGGAGGUUAAUAAGUAACAACAGUACGCCUCAGAAGAUCAAACCGAAUCAUCUACUUGCAAUGUAAAUAUGAUCAUUUUAGGCAAGCGAAGACAAUCUGCAUGAACGAUUCUGAUAUUUGUGAGAACUCAUAUUGGUACCUUUUUGUUUCUGUGUUUUAGCUAAAAGACUGUUAAGGCUGACUGCAUCAGAAAGACAUACAGCUCACUGAGUGAAUGAGUCAUUAUUUCCAGCCUAUUUUCUACUUUUGUGUCAAGUUUGUGUCCUUGCAUUUAUUGGAUUUCAGUAUAUUCAUGUAUUACGUUUCAAUACAUGUACACUUGAAGUAUC